UGCUCCGCUCCUGGACCUGCCUCCCUCCCCGUUCGUCCGUCCCGGUGCCAGCCUGGGUCGCACUCCGCUCGGAUACCUACUGCCGGAUUCUCGCUGGAGCUAUGGCCGUCAACCUGAGCAAAAACCGCCUGGCGCUGCUCACCGCGUACCAGGACGUGAUCGACGAGGGCUCCAACACCGACUGGGCGUUGUACACAUACGAAGAGGAGACCAAUGACUUGACACUCGCUGCCUCAGGAGAAGGAGGUCUGGCUGAGAUCACUCUGACGUUUGACAACAGUUUGGUCAUGUACGGAUUCUGCAGCAUCAAGGAGCCGUCUGCAGCUCUGCCCCGGUACAUCCUCAUCAACUGGGUGGGAGAUGAUGUCCCGGAUGCACGGAAAUGUGCCUGUGCCAGCCACGUGGCCACCAUCGCAGACUUCUUCCAGGUCGAAAACGGUGUAGAGGUGAUCGUGAAUGCCAGCAGCCUGGAGGACAUAGAGCCAUCUGCGAUUGGACAGAGACUGACCAAUGGGACGACAGCAGUGGCCAGUCCAGUCCUUAGCCGCCUUAAAACCAGGGAGGACGAGCACCCAGAUGUGGGAACAGUUUAUGAGAAAACCAACGCAGAGAUGGAGAUGAAGAAGAUCAAUAGAGAGGAAUUCUGGGAAAAGGCUAAGAGGGAAGAGGAGCUGAGAAAGGAGGAGGAACGUAAGAAGGCAGCCGAGGAGCGACGGAAAUUUGAGGAAGAACGGAUGGAACUGGAACGACUGGAGCAGGAGAACCGCGAGAAGAGAUACAGAGAGAGAGAGAGGGAGAUCGAGGAGCACAGGAAGAAACUACAGGAAGAGGAAGAGGCCAAAGAACGACAGAUGAACCAGCCCCCUGUGGCGUCAGAUCCAAACAUUGAAGACUUGAGUUUGGACAAAAGGGAAUCAGAGGUUGAGGAGGCGAAGGCGAUCAUAGCUCAGCGCUCAGGAAACCCUCGGGAGUUUUUCAAACAGAAAGAACGCGCCAUGACCAUCUGCGUGGACACAUCUCCUGUAUCUGUGCACCGGCCCGAUGAAACUGAAAACAAUGAUGAUGAUGAUGAUGAUGAUGAUGAAGGCACAAAGCGCAGCAUGUCCACCGUGUCUCCAGGUCCCAAAAUGUUCAGCACAGCCACAAAAGAGGACAGCACCGACCUGUGGGAUCCGUUCCCCAAACAUGAGUCGACGCCCCCUGUGCAGGACACCGCCCCUCCCUCCAAACCAGUGCAGAGCGUGGCCCCUCAGCCCCAGAACUCCUUCUCUGUGUGGGACAGUGGAACUGACAGCCUGGUGGAGCUCUGGGACACCAAGCAAAACGAACCUAAGUCUGAGCCCGGCUCCCAGUCCCACCAGGCCGCGUCUCACUGCCCCUCCCUGGUGGAGCUGACGGGCGACUGCAGUGCCACCUCCCAGGCCAUAGGCGGCAGACCUCAGCCGCUGCUUAGCUUCGACGACGUCAUGGAUGGAACGUUCUGCUCCGUGAACGAACAGGAAGACCCGCCCAUGACCCUGAGCUACCAGCAUGCACUGCAGCAUGCAACCAAUCAGGAGCCGGAGCUGGAUGACGGACCGCUGCUCAUGACCAAUGGGAAUGGGGACUCGCUGCUAAAGGAGGGAACUCAGGCCAGCGAAGGAUACUUUAGCCAGUCACAGGAAGAGGAAUUUGGCCAAUCAGAUGAGACCUCCGCUAAAGCCACACCCAUCUUUUAUAACAAGCCUCCAGAGAUUGACAUCACAUGUUGGGACACAGAUCCGGUGGUGGACGAUGAAGACGACUAACAGCCAAUCAGAGCCAACCAGGAAGAGGAAGUGCGCUUCACCAGAUAAUUUUUUAAAAAACAAAAGAAACAAAAAAAGUAAUAAUUAUAAUAAUAUUAAUAAUGAGUCUUGCAUCAGAACUACUUGUGUAUAAUCUUUUAGAGGAAGUGAACCUGUAGCCUUCAGAAUAAAAGCCUUGCGUUGAAGACUUUGGACGGCUUACUUUGGGUUCCGAUCUUAUUUAUUGUUUCUUGUUUUAUUUUGAAAGUGUUCAGCCUCGGUUCCACUUAGAGAUUAAAUUUGGUGGGGUUUUUAAAUGGUUUUUGCAGGACAUGUAGCUUCAAAAUUAAAGCAAUAGUCAACUAGAAAUGAACUUGAAAGUACCAAAUAUACAUGCUUAUAUUUUAGCAAUGUAAAGCUACAUUUUGUGCUCACCCAGAUACACUCGAAAUCGCCAUUAGAUCACGCCUUCAAAAUAAGAUGUGUUUGAUGUGUUUGAUAAAAGGGCAUUUGAUUUUUACUGUCUUAAAACAAUAACAGAACCUGCUCAUUUUAAACUUUUUUCAGUGAUCCAAAGUUAUUCCUUUCUUUAUGCAUUUUGAGCAUCCUAAUUAUUCACCACGAUGGGUUUAUAAGUGCUAUUCACUGUCACGGUAAAGCAACAACUAGUAUGCAAAAAAAAAAAAAAAAAUUCUGAGUACAGGGCCUUUAAUAGUUGCUGAAAUAAGUAAAUAAGUCAAGGGGAAAGAAUCCUGAAAAUAUCUGAAUAAAAUACAAUUAGAUGCAAAUACUAUGCUGAACUAUCAAGUAUACUACAUACGAAAGUAUUUUUCCCCCCAUCACACUGCAAUUUGGGAACUGCCGCUUUAGACCGAUGCAAUAAUCCUUUUGAUAUCUCGCACAGGGCCACCAAAGGAAAUCUUAGUUUUUUCAUGCCAGAUGCCCUUCCUGCCAAUGCAUUAAUCCAGGCUUGGGAAAGAGCAAAAAACAGCCUUCUAUUCUCCAUUUAACUCUAUAGAAAAACAUACUUAUUUCCACUUUUUAAUUUUAAUAUCAUGUUACCAUACACAUAAAUGAAUUGCAUUUUGAAGAGAGUUUGUUGUGCCAUAUUUGAUUUCUUGGUGGAAUCGAUCGUCCGCUCGGAUUCGUGUUUUUUUGUAAAUGUUUCUGGUCUGUUUUUACGUAGCGCACCGCUGCUUUAGAUUCAAUGACGCCAGUGUUAGCUUCAUGCUGACGCUAUGCUAGUCUUAGUGCUUUGAAAUAACCACAUUAUUACAUUAACUCUGCCAUACCCACUCCUCUCUACCUCCUCCUCUCUCUCUCCCUCUCUCUCUUUUUCCUUUCCCUCUCUUUCUUCUCUCUUCUUUCUCACCCAUUUUGUCACUCUCUUCCCUCUCCUUUCAAUCUCCACCUCUUCCUUCUUUUGUUUUCUUUCCGCCUCUCUUGCUGACCCCGGCUCUCCUCUCCAUCUCUCCCCUUCACUCUCCCUCUCCUCUUUCUCUUGCAUUUCCCAUCCUCUCUCCCUUCUCUCAUCCCUCUCUCUUGCCCCCUUCUCUUAUCUCCCACUUUCUCUUCUCUCUCCCUUCUCUCCUAUCCCUUUCUCAUCCUUUUUCCUCUCCCUUUCUUACCCUCUCUCUCCCCUUUCUCUCUCUUUCGUACCCCAUCUAUUCUUUUCUCUCUCUUUCUCUCUAAAGCCACAUGAUCUUGUAUUUAGUCUCUCCUUCUGCUUGGUUUCAUUUAUAUCUGAGAAAAGCAGGCUUGUUCCCACACAGAUACGCCUCUGACUUUUUGCAUUCCUUUUGUACAUUUUUGACUGAAUUCAAGAUUAAAACGGCUUAUAAACCUCA